AUGGACUUGGGGAACCACAGCACCAUCACAGAGUUCACCCUCCUUGGACUGUCUGCCAACCCCCACAUCCAGGCUCUGUUCUUCGUGUUGUUCCUGGAUAUUUACCUUCUGACAAUCGUGGGGAAUCUGAUGAUGCUGCUGGUGAUCAAGGCUGAUGCUCAUCUCCACACACCCAUGUACUUCUUCCUGAGUCACCUCUCUUUCCUGGAUCUUUGUUUAUCUUCAGUCACCAUGCCCAAGAUGCUGAAGGACCUCCUAUCUGUGAUAAAAACCAUCUCAGUAAGGGGCUGCCUGGCACAAGGCUUCUUUGUGUUUAUCUCUGCUGGGACUGAGGGCUUUCUGCUCUCAGUGAUGGCCUAUGACUGCUAUGCUGCCGUCUGCCACCCUUUGCUCUAUGGACAGAUGAUGAGAAAACAGCUGUGUUUGCAGCUAGUGUGGGGCUCAUGGGGCUUGGGUUUUUUGAACGCUUUUAUCAACAUCCUCCUAGCUGCCAACUUGAGCUUCUGUGAGAACCAUAUCAUCAGCCACUAUAGCUGUGAGGUGCCCUCUCUCUUCCCUCUGUCCUGCUCUGAUGUUUCUACCAACUUCAUAGUCUUGCUCUGCUCCAGCCUUCUACAUGGGCUUGGAACCUUCUUCCCAAUCACCUCAUCCUAUGCCUACAUUGUCUCCACCCUUCUGAGCAUCAGCUCCACCACAGGCAGAAGCAAGGCCUUCUCCACUUGCUCCUCCCACAUCAUUGUGGUGAGCUUCUUCUUUGGAUCUGCUUUUCUCCGCUAUCUCAUGCCAACCUCAGGAUCCCCCCUGGAAUUGAUCUUCUCUGUGCAGUACAGCAUGGUUACUCCCAUGCUGAAUCCUCUCAUCUACAGCCUGAAGAAUAAGAAGGUGAAAGCAGCUGUGAGAAGAACACUGGGAAAGUACUUACCGUGUUACUGGUAG